GUAAUAUUUUAUUCAUCUCUAUGGAGACCAAACUCUAACAAUAUAGAACCAGAGGUUUUUGUAAAGGAUAUUUUGCUAGAAAGUGCGAGUGUGUGCGAGAAAAACGCUGCUAUCAUUGUACAGAAUAACUAACUUGGAUAUAUCUACUUCUUCUAAAACCAGAAGGAAAGAAGAGGUUGCUUAACAUUUCCGGCAACAAUGAUAAAAUAUGAAGAAAUUAUUGGAAAUAGUUGUGUGACAUCAAUGAAAAGAAUGAAAUUACAUACAUAUUUACUUAGAAAAAUAAUUGCAAAAAUAGCAAACAUAUAAUAAUAUAUUGCUUAUUUUUCUAAAUAUUAUCUAAAUUGAUUAUCAAGUCAUCAAAAAAUUUUUUCCUACAUCUUGUGCAACAAAAUAUUGUUGGUUUUUGAAAUUUAUUAGUAACCAAUAUCAAUAAAUAUUGUAUGAUACCUUUGUAACUGCUUAUUGUCACAUGCAGUAUAUUCAGAUAUAUAUUCAUUCUACAAAAUGAUAUUCAGAACCAAAUCUGUGCUGCUCCUAAAAUAAUAUCUCUUUACCUUUUUGCUGCUGUAGCACAAAUAUUCUUUAUCUACAACACAUCUUCAGUCAACCAACCGGCAUCCAAUCAACAAUAUUAUUCCAAUUGGUAAAUUAAUAAUAAAAUAUCAAUAAUAAUGAACGUUUUCAACUGUUGUAUUGAAAAUAAAUUCCCUUUUUAUAAGGUGAUUAAGAAUCGCCUGCUAAAUAAUGCAAAAGAUACUCUGAAAUCUACCUGAAAAAUCAUAUUUUUAACUUGGAAUACAAUUUUCACAGUUUCUCUUCCAAAUUGUCGAUCUACAUCUAUAAAGUUUGAUAUAUGCAGAAAACAUUGAUUGAUUAAUAUUUUAUUCAGAUUUUAUUCAAGACAACAUAUUUUUGUUGUUCAAUUUAUUUCUUAGCUCUCUCUCUCUCUUUCUGCUACUUCCUAACUUCGUGCGCGUGCGCGCACACGCCUAUACACUCUCACACAAACACAUGCUCACGCACAUACACACAAACACAUAUAUAUGUAUGCAUAUCUAUAUUUCUCUCUUUUGCUGUUAUUGUUGCUCUUAUUGUUGUUGUUGAUAAAAAUUUAAGCAUUAUAACUGAUUUUUAACUGAUUGCUUUGUGAAUGGAUAACCUAACCAUGGAAGAAGUGAACUCCGACAGCUCGUGUGACUUUGCACGUUGCUGGACUGUUGCCCUUCAAGUCACCUUAUUGGGAUUAAUCUCAGCUGUGGGCACAUUCAGCAACUCUUUAGUCAUCCUGGCUAUAUUUUUGUUUGAUGAACUUCGAACCAAAGCAAAGUCUUUUGUAUGUAAUUUAGCUGUCGCUGAUCUGAUUUUGUGCCUCUUCGUAAUUCCUCUACGUACAAUGAUGAUGUUUGCCAGACAACCUUUUGGCUUAUGUCAUGUAACGGUGGUAGCACAAGCCACAUUCGUCUAUACUUCAAUAAAUACACUAGCUGCCAUUUCAUAUAAUCGUUUUGUAUUGACGAUGAAGACACGGUCUCAGUACGAGAACACUUUUACUAAACGUAACGUGUUCCUCAUUUUAUCAACAGUUUGGUGUUUGGCUUUUGGUGCUUCCUUCAUGGCUGUCAUGUGGACUGGAGCACUUAAUGUCACCUAUGACAACAAGACACGGGCAUGUGUGUUUUUGAGAGGAAAUGCAACAAUUUCAGCCCUUCUGAUGGUGCCACUAUCAUUACUCUUUUCACCAUUGUUAUUAACUCUUUAUUUCUAUGCCCGUAUUUUUUACUAUGCUCGUCACUCCGCUGUGUCAGUAACUGGCCAUCGCCCAGAUGACAUUAGUUUCACUUACAAAUUGUGUUGCAUCACCAUUCUUUUCGGAAUUUUAAACUUCCCAGCUUGCAUUUUGGCUGUAGUACAGGUAUUUAGUAGUCCGGAUGCAAAUGAAGUUUUGAUUCGUUUUUCCAUCAUCAUCCAGCUACUUAAUUCUGCUGUCAACCCAGUUAUAUAUGGGUGGAAAGUGCCAAAAUUUCGAAAUGCGUUUAUUCGUAUGUUACGCUUGAAUACUUGUUUCAAAAGGGCCACAGUGCAGCCUAUUAAUCACUGACAAGAAUCUCUGUAAAAAUAUAUAAAUGAAAAAAUUAAAAAUUUAAAAAACUGUAAUAUUACAAUUUUAAAAUUAAGUAAUAAAGAAAACUUCCCAGAAAUAUUUUCAGAAAUAUUUGAAAACUAAGAGCAUUCAGGUUAAUAAGAAACUU